AUGACCCCUGGAGCCUCUGUUCUGUCUCUUACCCACAGCGCAUCUGCAUCCUACCUACAUCACCUACUUACUCUAACGAUCACCAUGUCUGUGUCGUGGCUGCAGUCGGCCUGUCUUGUGGUGCUGGUGGCGGCUCUUUGCCCCGGGGCAGAUGGCUUUGGCACUCAGCACCUGUGUGGAUCUCACCUGGUUGAGGCUCUCAACAUGGUUUGUGGCGACAGAGGCUUCUACUACAACCCACAACGAAACACGAACCCCGACAUGAUGAACCAUUCGGAGAGACGUGGCAUUGUGCAGGAGUGCUGUGAGAACCCCUGCAGCCUGCUGGUCAUGGAGAAGUACUGCAACUGA